UCACUACAAUUCUUUUGUUGGGUGGCAAUUGGAAAAGGAAAUCCAUCAAUAUGUCGACGACCAACAAACUGGACGAGUUCUUUUCUAAAAAGGACUCGAAAAAGAAAAAAGUUGGCUCAUCGAACAAAACUUCUAAAACUGACGACAAAAUGAAAAAAGAAACAAUUUCAAGGAAGCAAGCCGAAGAAAGCGACGAAGUUAACUUAGAUGUCACACCUUCUUCUUCAUCACUUGCUGGACUGGAAAAGCUUUCAUUUCUUUCUAUUAGCUCUUCAAGUAUCGGUUCCUGGGCAGAAGAGGAAGAAAAGCAAGAUGGACAGCCAAUUCUACACACAAAGGGUCGUUCACUUUCUAACUUGAAGAAGGAGGCUACUUCUCAAGAAGAACAGUCAAAGGAUUUGCCAAAAGAAGACAAAUUCACGGGCUGGAAGAUAGCUGACAGUAAGUCAAGUGAAGCUACUGAAAUAAAGGGGUUCGAAGAUUCUUCCUCGCUGACAACAAAACCAGCUGAAGAAAAGUUCCCGACCUUGGAAGAGACCGCAAAGUUGCCGAAAGUCGAUAAAAGCAGAGAAGUGACGAACUCGUCAUCUAAAUUUGCAACCGAAGAGAACAAGAGUUAUGCAAGCUCACGUCCUGGUUCUAAAGUUGCCGGGAGUCUUCGAGCGCUACUUCUGGAAUCACAACAAGAUAAGUUGUUGAAACAAGAAACUACGUCCUCAGCAGAAAAGAAACAGGAACAGACGACACCAAGAAGAUCAGAAGUAAAUUCUGGUGUUACGACAAUGAGAGAUAGGAAUAGUAGUAAUACUGUGGGCUCUUCAGAGCCUGUUAAAGAGACAAGUCAGAGAAGGCGUAAAUUUAGCGGACUGCAAGCCAUUAUUGAAGAGGCUUCCAAGGACAAACAGACUCCCAAGGCUACAAAUGGUUUUACUAAUUCUCCAGUGAGUAAAGAGAAAUCUUCUUCUUCUUCUUUAGGAGCAAUGAGUAGAGGAAGCAGCGUAGACCAACAAAGCAAGACUGUUGAUUCUAAGAGCAAACAGAGAGUUUCAAAUAUGCAGUCCAAUUUCUCGGAAGAACGGAACGAUGGAAGUUCCAUUGACGCUCGUCGAAAUAGAAAUCGAUACUCUGCAUUAUCUGACAGUCUUAAAGAUGAUGCUGAGUAGUAACCGUGUUCGUGGUAAUGGGUUGCUGCCCUUGAACUUUUUACGAUGUUAUUUAUGAACGCUAUUGUCAAGUAGACGAAUGCACUAGUUGAAAGUUGUUCAAAAUAUAGUUUUGCGAAAUGUAUCACGGUCUUCAAAUAGUUAAGAAAUAAAAUCAUAAAAGGGAUAUUUGUUGACAAGAGUAGUAGUUUCUUUGACUAGUUCAAUUGUUCUUGAAAUGCUUGCUAGGAAUAUGAGUCUGCCAUGAAUAUCUCCCGCAUUUUCUCAUCGUUUCCUUCUUCUAUUUCAACUUCACUCAUUCCUCUGAACGCAUCUUUCGACUGCAUCU